GUGACGUCAUCGCAGGUCCUGCAGCCCCAGGAGGUGAGAUCUGCAGGUUCUUUACGUUCAGUGCUCUUCUUUUGAAAGACAAUGGUCCUUUCUAUCAAUGACCCACCAAGGAUGGAGAAGGACAGAGACCACAUGGCUAAAAAGAUAUUAGACCUAACCCUGGAGAUCAUCUCCUUGAUAACUGGAGAGGAUUACACAGUAGUGAAGAAGUCGUCUGGUGAGUGUGUGUCACCCUGUGUGUCAGGAGGAUGGAGCAGGACCCAGAACCCCAUCACCGAGCCUCCACCUCAUUCCCCGAUACAUGAGCAGAAGAUCCUAGAACUUACCACCAGGAUCACUGAGCUGCUGAGCGGAGAGGUUCCUAUAAGGUGUCAGGAUGUCGCUGUCUAUUUCUCCAUGGAGGAGUGGGAGUAUUUAGAAGAACAUAAGGAUAUGUACAAGGACGUCAUGAUGGAGAUUCACCAGUCCCUCACAUCACCGAAUGGAUCCAGUCAGAGAAAUCCACCAGAGAGAUGUCCCAGUCCUCUGUAUUCCCAGAACUGUCAACAGGAAAAGCAGAAUAUCCCACUGGAUCAUCAAGAAAGUUCUGGUGGAACGACGAGUGAGCUCCAAAAACCCGGAUCAGUGUCCGCGAAUGGUAAAAAUGGGAUGAGAGUAUACCAUAAGAAUCUUCAUUUAUCUUCCUAUGAUAAAGCAGAAGAUAGCAAUACCACACAAGCUCAUUCAAUAAGCCCUAAUGUACCCUCAGUCCUUCAUAGCGGAGAUAUAUCUAAUGAUACCGCUGGUCACAAGAAACCUUCAUCUAAUCAAUCACUGACUGGCAAAACAAGAACUGAACACAAUUGUGGAAAAAUAUUUUCACAUGGGAUACCUUUUAAGAAGAAAUCUAAUCUUUCUUUACAUGAGAGAAAUUGCAGAGAUAAAAAGUCAUUUUCAUGCUCUGAAUGUGGAAAAUCUUUUACCAAGAAAUGUAUUCUAGUUGGACAUCUGAGAACUCACACAGGGGAAAAGCCGUAUUCAUGUUCAGAAUGUGGGAAAUGUUUUAUGUUGAAAUGCUCUCGAAAGAAACAUCAGAGAACUCACACAAGAGAGAAGCCAUUUUCAUGUUCAGAAUGUCAGAAAUGUUUUAGUCAGAAAUCUGGUCUUGUGGCACAUUUAAGAAUUCAUACAGGGGAGAAGCCAUUUUCAUGUCCUGAAUGUGGUAAAUGUUUUAGUCAGAAAGCAAAUCUUGUGAAACAUCUAAAAAUCCACUUAGGGGAGAAGCCAUUUUCAUGUUCAGAAUGUCAGAAAUGUUUUACUCAGAAAUCUGUUCUUCUGACACAUCAGAAGACUCACACAGGGGAGAAGCCAUUUUCAUGUUCAGAAUGUGGAAAAUGUUUUACCCGUCAAUCAUAUUUUAUUCAGCAUCUGAGAACUCACUCUGGUGAGAAGCCAUUCUCAUGUAUUGAAUGUGGAAAGUGUUUUACUUGUAAAUCCAGUCUUGUUAACCAUCAGACAAUUCACACAGGAGAGAAGCCGUUUUUGUGUCCUGAAUGUGGGAAGUGUUUUCGUGUGAAAUCAAUGCUUGUAGCACAUCAAAAGUUUCACACAGGAGAGAAGCCAUUUUUAUGCUCCGAAUGUGGAAAAUGUUUUAGUGAGAAAUCCGAUCUCGUGAAACAUCUAAGAAUCCACUUACGACAGAAGACAUUUUCAUGUUCAGAAUGUGGGAAAUGUUUUAGUCUUAAAUCACAACUUGUUGAACAUCAGAGAACUCACACAGGGGAGAAGCCAUAUUCAUGUUCAGAAUGUCAGAAAUGUUUUAGUCAUCAAUCUGCUCUUGUGAAACAUUUAAGAAUUCAUACGGGGGAGAAGCCAUUUUCAUGUCCUGAAUGUGGUAAAUGUUUUAGUUUUAAAUCACAUCUUGUUGGACAUCAGAGAACUCACACAGGGGAGAAGCCAUUUUCAUGUUCAGAAUGUGGAAAAUGUCUUGCCAAUCAAUCAAGUUUUAUUCAGCAUCAAAAAACUCACACAGGGGAGAAGCCAUUUUCAUGUCCUGAAUGUGGUAAAUGUUUUGCUCAGAAAGCAAAUCUUGUGAAACAUCUAAAAAUCCACUUAGGGGAGAAGCCAUUUUCAUGUCCUGAUUGUGGUAAAUGUUUUGGUCAGAAAGCAAAUCUUGUGAAACAUCUAAAAAUCCACUUAGGGGAGAAGCCAUUUUCAUGUUCAGAAUGUGGAAAAUGUUUUAGUCAGAAAUUUAUUCUUGUGAGACAUCUAGGAAUCCACUUAGGACAGAAGCCAUUUUCAUGUUUAGAAUGUGGGAUAUGUUUUAUUCUUGAAUCAAGUUUAACUCGGCAUCAGAGAGCUCACACAGGGGAGAAGUCUGACCUGUCUUCAAGAUAGCUCAUCAAUAUCAGAUUGGGGGGGUUUCGACACUCGAGAACCCCACCGAUCAGUUGUUUGAGGAGGCCUCCUUGCAGCUUACAAAGCACAAUGCUUUCCAUUGGAGAUCACAUGUGCUUGGUAUUGCAAAUUAGUCUCAUUCACUUGAAUAUGAGAGGAUAUUAAGAGCGAUCAUUCCAUAUUGUUCCUGUAAUGCUAAUGAAAUGAUAAAGCCAAAUUGACGGCCAGCAAACACGGCAUACCAGACACACUUUGCGCAAGCCAUCACACUCUGAACACCCUUGAGGGCCAGGGUACUCUUCACCCACCUCUAGCAGGAAGGGGGACUUUGGCAGAGCCCUUUCCAGUUGUCAAAUAGCAGGGCAGCUGGGCACACCAUGACACUAUGCACUGGUGAAUAGGGAAACGCGUGAAUGGUCAGUAAACGUAAGCCAGGGCAAAAGAACUAGAAGACAACCAAAACCGAAGCCAGAGACAAUAACCAGAGAAACCACUCACCAGAUACUUAAGAUACAGAGCCAGGAAAGCAACUGAAUAACAAGCAGUGAAUGGGGGGACCAGGUUUAAAUUUUCCUCCACAGAUCACCUGACACUGCUGAGAUCACACGCAAUCGCCACCCUCAGCCCAGGGAAGCAUAGGUGGGUCCUGAGAGUGUGCAGAGGAAGGAACCUCCCACCACAUGUCUAUUUUAGGAGACAUAAAAACAGAGUUUCCAUGGCAACAGCUGACGCUAGAGGCUCUUGCAUCCUGGGACCCCUGACCAGCGUCAGCGCUGGGAAUGAUGGCGUUUUGUCUCCCAGCAGCACCACGAUCCAGAAUGGAUCUCACAGAGUGACGUGCGUGCAUAAAGCGCAUACCUUUACUAACUCUGCCCUCCACAAGGGGUGAGGGAUGCCCCGCCGGAGGGCCAGAGACCCCCUGGGAGAAUGAGAGACCAGUCUGCGUGGUGACAUACUUUUGGCAAGACUGCGUCUGGUUGCCUGACAGUUCCACUAAAUUUUUGGUAUUAAAUGUAAUGUAUAUUUUGUUGUCCGGUUUCUUAAAGAAAAUAUAAAAAAUAAAUGUUGAUAUAACUGUGGU